UUUUCAUUUUUUUUUUCUCUACGCUUCUGCUUUUAUUAUGCUUAAAUUUAAAAAACACGAUUCUGAAAAGGAAGAAUCUUCUCGAAAAGAAGAACGCUCAAGAAAUAGAUCACGUUCCCCUCAAAGAAAAAGUCGUUCACCUGAUCACAGAGAAAGACGUCGAAGUCGCUCACCUCGUAGACAUGACGAUAGACGAAGAGAUAGAUCUCCUUAUGAUGACAGACGAAAGGAUAAAUAUGACGAUAGACGACAAGAUAAACAUGACGACAGAAGACGAGACAGGUCACCCGGUAAAGACAGAAGAGAUCGCUCACCUCGUGAAGAAGAAAGAAGAUCUCGCCAUAGGUCAAGAUCUCCUGAGGAUAAGAAAGAAAAAAAGGAAAAGCCUACGUCUGGUGAGAAGGUAAGAAAGCUUACCAAGAAGAAGGUAAGCUACAACUUGAUCGAAGUAGAAGUCAAUGAUCGAUUGGGCAAGAAAGUCCGUGUCAAAUGUGCACCUAAUGAUACUAUUGGGGAUUUCAAGAAAUUGUUAGCGGCACAGAUCGGUACAGAACCAGGCAAGAUUGUAUUAAAGAAGUGGUAUAAAGAGUACAAGGAUCAUAUCAGUCUAGAGGAUUAUGAAAUACAUAAUGGAAUGAAUUUGGAAUUGUAUUAUCGAUAAAUCAAUAAACAUCAACUCAUAACAUUCCUUUUUUUUAAUCAAGAUAUUCAACCACGUACAAUUUAACACACGAAAACUAUAUAAUUAAUAAAGAGAUAAGUGUCAUGACGUGUAGAAU